AUGGAUCUACUCCUCUUAAACUUCAUUUUAAAAAAUGAUUUUGGGCAACUGACCUCAGAGUUACCGUCUUUCUACAAAAAAUUAGUCAGUGAAGUUGGGGGGAUCCUCCCUCAGGAAAGCCUUAAACGUAUUCAAACAGACUUUGAGAAGGGGCAGCCAAUAGAGGCGGCUGAUGAAGUUCAGAGAGCACUUCAGAGCGCUGAGAAUGCUACCCUGAAUGUGGCUGUGAUUGGGCAAUCUGGUUCUGGCAAGUCCAGUUUCAUCAAUGUCUUGCAAGGAAUUGGGCAUGAACAGGCUGGAUCUGCUUCUGUUGGAGUUGUGCCAACCACCACAAAGAAAACUCCCUAUCCACAUCCAAAGUGUCCCAACAUGACCUUCUGGGACCUGCCUGGAACUGGGACCCCCGAAUCCAAUCCAGACCCUUAUCAAGAAGUAGUGGGAGAUGAUAACUAUGACUUUUUCAUCAUUAUUUCUUCCUCACGGUUUAGCGCAAACGAUGCUUUCCUGGCCCAGAAGAUUCAGGAGAAGGGAAAAAAAUUCUACUUUGUUAUAACCAAGGUGGAUAGUGAUUUAUAUAAUGAAAGGAAAAGCAAACCCAGAUCUUUCAAAAAGGAGACAGUCCUUCAGCAGAUCCGAGACAACUGCCUGAUCAAACUCAGCAAAAUUGUAUCUGAGCCGACUGUCUUCCUGGUGUCCAACUUUAAGCCAAAGAAGUUUGAUUUCCCGAAACUGCAGGAGACACUGCUGCAGAAUCUCCCUGCUGAAAAGCGCUACAUCGCUCUCCUCUUGUGCCCAAAUUUGUCUGAGUCUUUCAUUGAGAUGAAGAGAGCUAUGAUCAAGGAGAAGGUCUGGCUGAAAGCCGUCAGGGCAGCCGUUUUGGUCUUCAUCCCCUAGACGCCUUUCUUCUGUGGCUUUAAUUCAUCUGAACAGUAUAGUCAGUUGAAACGUUAUCAGAGCGAUUUUGGUUUGGAUGAGGAGUCGGUCAGUCAGAUUGCCCAGAACCUGGGCAUAUCUGAGCAAGAGAUCUACAGCCUCAUGAAGUCCGCAGAUUUCAACUCACUUGUGAAGGAUGACAGUAUAACCAAUGUCAAGAAGUGUGCUGAGCUCAUUUGCUCAGUUACUGGACUCCCCCAGUCUUCUAUUUUCCAGUUUUACAAAGUCUACUUUCUACAUCUGAAAUUCAUCGAUACAGUGGCGGAAGAUGCUAAAAGAGUCUUGGCUAAGGUUGAGGAGAUGAAGUCUGAUAAGAAGAAGUAG